ACCGUUAUGACGACUCGGUGUGCCCUCAUACUCAGCGUGUUGCUAUGGUGCGGCUGCGGCAGUAGCAGCGGCAGCAAUCUGACGCUGUUUAUGUUGCAUCGCCAGCGACGCGGACUUAUUUAUCAGAACAGCGGCUCCAUUAAGUUUAGCAUGGGACCGUCCAUGCCUAUACCUUUGGGCGAUCAUGUGACCUUUCGGUCCACUGUGCUGUCCUAUAAUAUACAAGGUGGUACCUAUAGUCUGCCAACCACGCCCAUUUGGCCCUGGGACAAGUGGGAGGUAAACUUUGCACGUUCGCUGCAGCAAAUGCAACGGAAUAUUGAGUUGCAUACCGCAUCCGGCAAGCUUAGGUAUGCGGAUGACUCACGCCUCUUGGUGUACACGGCACUGGAGCAGUUUAUAGGCAGGAGCAACAAUGAUAUGCCUAUGGGCAGACAGUGCCUGUUGAGGUCCAUCUGCGAGAAUGGGCAGGUACAUCAACAUGUGGGCAUCUUCUCCGAAAUACUCAACAUUGUCUUAAGUCCCGGCAAGGCAGACCUGGAUGACUGCUAUCAUGAUGCCUUUGCUGCCGGACAGGCGGGUGCCAAUUGCCUGGCCGUCUAUAAGGACUGUCCACGUGGCAGUAACUUUCUCGAUGAGCUAUUGAUGUUGGAGCACAGCUAA